GAUGUCAAACAGUAGAAUACAUAAACAUGAAACGCUUACCUUUUUAUUCAGCAGACUAGCCAAAGUCAAGAUUGACCUAAAAAAGAACCCGCCGUUGAAUAUAGGACCUGUAUUUAUAUACUAUAUAUAUAUAUAUAUGGCGCCGACGUUAGCCAGGUAGCGUGUGUUAGCUCGAUGUUUAUCGCAGUGGGCUAGCAGGCUAACUCGACCACUCCGCGUUCGGCUCCUCUGGCGUCUGAAGUAACGAGACCCGUCGACCGGAGACACAUCGCGAAGAUCAACGACUCGUAUAUGUAUCGCUAAGCAUGCCCGUUGUUUUAAUAUACCGAUGAGUUUAUGGGCUUCAUGAAGUGAGCUGUCAGAAUAAAGUAGUCGGAGUUGUUGUUAGCUUCAGGAAUUCCCCUUCCUCCUUCCGCAGAGGAGCGGUGACGUCAUGACACUGAAUCGGUGACGUCACGCUGUUCUGCCAGUCUAGUGCUGCGUUCCAGGGACACUUUCUUAGCCCGUAAGUUACGAUCUAGAGCUAGGAGUACGUCGAUCUGGUACGAGUUCACGGCUAGUGAGUUGCGGGUUUGACUGCCGUUCCAGGGCACUUUCACGAGAAGAAGGUUGUGAAAUCACGGGUUACGGGUUGUUUGGAACGCACCAUACGAUAUAGUGCUACCUAGUAGUUCUGCGCAUUCUUUUGCCGACAAUAUUCAUCCGUAGUUGUAUACCGCCUUCUAAACAGCUCUGAGGUUCGGACGCUCUUACGUGUUUUUGCGUAAACCUUCCCUUCUUCCGAACCUCCGAGCUGCGUUGAAGGCGGCAUGAUAGUAGGUAGCAGAGAGUGGCAGAACACCGCGGCUGCGUUGCCGUGACGUCACGGCCUCGCAGCGGCGGCCAGUCCUCCUCCGAUGCUGAUGAGACAAGGAGGCUCCAUGAUGCUCUCCGCCGCCGGGAUCGUCCUCGCCUUCUCCUGGUUUCUCCCUGGAUAUGCUCUCUAUUUCCACAUAGGAGAAACAGAGAAGAAAUGCUUCAUCGAAGAGAUCCCCGACGAGACUAUGGUCAUUGGGAAGUACAGAACCCAGCUGUGGGACAAGCAAGCCAACUCCUUCCUACCAGCCACCCCGGGACUAGGAAUGCAUGUGGAGAUUAAGGAUCCAGAUACCAAGAUUAUUCUUUCCCGUCAGUAUGGGUCUGAGGGAAGGUUUACCUUCACAUCCCACACUCCUGGAGAGCACCAAAUCUGUCUGCACUCUAACUCAACCAAAAUGGCCCUGUUUGCAGGUGGAAAACUGAGAGUGCAUUUGGACAUUCAGGUGGGAGAACAUACAAACAAUUACCCUGAGAUUGCAGCUAAAGACAAACUCACUGAAUUACAACUGAGAGUUCGACAACUUCUAGAUCAAGUUGAACAAAUUCAGAAGGAGCAAAACUAUCAGCGGUAUCGAGAGGAGCGCUUCCGCAUGACCAGCGAGAGCACCAACCAGCGAGUCCUCUGGUGGUCUAUCGCCCAGACGCUCAUCCUCAUCGUCACCGGCAUCUGGCAGAUGAAGCACCUGAAGAGCUUCUUCGAGGCCAAGAAGCUGGUCUGACUUCAGGUUCUCAGCAGGCAUCACAACGUGGCUUGAAGAGCUUCCAGAGACUUCUCUGACCAAAGUGGGGAGCGUUACUCACCACACGGGGCAGAAAACACCGUGCAAACAGAGGGAGGUCCCGCCAUAACAAGAACACAGAUAGACAUUAAGAAGACCGGACCAUUUCAAACUAUUAUCAGUUAACCAAGGCGUCGUUGUUGUUUAUUUAUUUAGUGUAUCAUUAUGCAUUUUUACAUUGAUUUGCUUCAAUUGUUUCCUCUUUUGCGUCUGACCCACCAUUUUACUUCUCCUGUAAAAAAAUGUUAAAAAUUAAAUGUUAAUAAAAUAUCAUUAUCAUAUCACCAGUCAUGAUCAUGCAGGAAUGAAGAAAAUCUGUUUGGCUAUUAUGGACAAUAAAUAGGGGCAUCUUUUAGUAGGGAAACACAUAGUCAUUUUUCUUAUGUUUAUAUAAUAAUCCAAUCUCUAUUCCAUUCAGCUUAAAUUGUGUCCUGUUUUAGGUUGCCUUAUUCUAAACAAUUGUUGCCUAUUGUUUAGUUUCUAGGUAGAAUCUGAAACCAGAUGGCUCUAUAGAUACUGUUUGUGAUACUAGUAAACCGAAACCAAAUUUAAUUUGUAAAUAAUGGGUCGAAGGUAUAUACGUCAAAGGUAUUCUUUUCUUCUUGAAGGGGGGGAACAAGCCUCUGGAUUUAUCAGUGUCAGAGCAUCAGUUAUGACCUAUGCACUACAUUGGUAACAUCAAUCUAAUGGUUCAGUAUUGGAGGUUUUUAUCUUAUUUAUGAGGCAAAGCAUUUGUAAAAGCAUUGCAUUUUUAUAACUGCAUUUGUGAUCUGAAGUAUGUAAUGCCCUUUCUGAUUCUCAAAUUGAAUUUAAUAUUGCAUUUUGGCACGCAAUUAGCUCACACUCUUUAAUCAUGACUAAGCUGUCUUACAUAACUGAAUAUAAUCAUGCAUUUAAUAAAGAUCUGU